AUGGCGGAGAUGCGCAUCGUUCUUGGUCGGAAGAAGCGUGGAAGAAUAUUGACAAACGAACUCUUUGGAGAUGUUGUCGAGUUGCCAUGGCAGGGAAGAGAGAAGAACGGCAGCAUUGGAAUCAUACUAGGGAGGCUGGAGGCCGAAAAUGGUGCGGUGUCGGAAACCCGGUCCGGUCUAUCUCCGGUCUCCGACAGACCCUACCACCCGACGCUCUCCAAGGUCAACGGGUCAAGAUCUGCUUCUUACAACGAAAUGCAAGAACUAAAGGCGAGGAAAAUUGCGACGUGUAUAUCUUCGUACAUCUGA